AGAGCUAUGAUAUAUUAAUUAUUCGUAAUUUUUAAUUUUAAAUAGAAUAUAUUUACUUUCGAAGUUAUUAUUUGAGGUUACUUUUACUUUUAUGUAUAUGUAUGAUUUUGAAAGUUUGAUAUUGAACCAGUUAGUAUCAUAAGCAGCACGUUGUUUCCCGCGCAUGGCGUAAAAUUUAUACACGUUACUAUCAUUAGUUAAACAUAUGAGAGCAUGAUCGAAGCAUCUUAUUUAGCAGAACUAUAGAAAGAACAUUUUGUUUUAAUACGAGGAAUCUGUACGGCGUAAUAAAAGACACGCCGAAUUGUAAAACUAGAAUUUGAGGUUAGGAUCGUUUAAGAGUGUAUUUACUCAAGAAAUAAAUAUGCCUACUUGGAAUCAGAUCCAAACUCAACUGCGCAAUCCAAAUAAUCCAGUAGUAUUUUUUGAUGUAUCUGUGGGUACAACAGAAAUUGGUCGUAUGAUUUUUGAACUUUUUGAAGAUGUAUGUCCAAAGACUUCAGAAAACUUUCGACAAUUCUGUACUGGAGAAUAUAGAAAGGACGGUGUACCAUUAGGAUUUAAAGGUGCUAUAUUUCAUAGAGUGAUCAAAGAUUUCAUGAUACAAGGAGGAGAUUUUGUAAAUGGUGAUGGUACUGGAGUAAUUAGUAUCUAUGGUGGUGGAACUUUUCCUGAUGAAAACUUUACAUUGAAACAUGAUUCACCUGGAUUACUUUCUAUGGCAAAUAGUGGAAAGGAUACUAAUGGUUGUCAAUUUUUUAUUACAUGUGCUAAAUGUAAUUUUUUAGAUGGAAAACAUGUGGUUUUUGGAAGAGUAAUAGAUGGUUUAUUGGUCAUGAGAAAAGUAGAAAAUGUCCCUACUGGACCAAAUAAUAAACCAAAGAUACCUGUAACAAUUUCUCAAUGUGGUCAGAUGUAAAGGAAACUUUUUUAUUUACGAAGACUGUUAUCCAUAACAGAUUUAAUAUUAUCAAAAAGAAAAAACAAUUCAUUUUACUAUAUAAUAAUCUAAAGGGUACAUAACAGAAAAUAUAUUUUAAUACAAUUUAUAAAAAUUGUAUCAUUGACUUUGAAUCUGUAUCCUUAUCAUCACCUUUAAUAUUACUGAACUAUAUUUCACAUAUUGCCUAUAGCUAUUCAGUAAUAUCCAAUUUCUAUAAAUUAUUAAUUAUGAUCUACUUAUUACAUUAACUUAAAUCAUUUCUAAAAUCAUGAUUAAUUUAAAUUACACUAUGAAUU